CGGACGGGCAGAGCUGCGGCGGCCGCUAGGCGGUGCUGGGCGCUGCCGGAGCCGCGGGGUCCCCCAGCCCUGGGCGGUGGCCGGGAGGGAGGGUAGGCGAGCCGCUUCCCUGCGCGCCCGGCCAGCUCGCCUCCGUCCCCGCCGCCAGCAUGAGCUCCGCGCCGGUUUUCCUGGAUGCCGGGGCCGUGCAGAAGCACUGGCCCGCCUCCCGCGCCCUCCUCUCGGCUCUGGAAGCCGCCUUGGCCGCCUUCUGCAGCGGGGCCGAGGGCGGCGUGGUGCAGCCGCUGCGCACCGUCCUCCCGAUCCAGAAGCACAGCGGCUUUUUGGGGGUCAUGCCCGCCUACAGUGCAAACGACGAUGCUCUGACAACCAAGCUGGUGACCUUUUAUGAGAAUGUGUCUCCUUCGCACCAAGCGACGGUCCUGUUGUUUGACCCAACGAAUGGCAUCCUCAAAGCGGUGAUGGAUGGCAACGUCAUUACGGCCAAGCGUACGGCAGCUGUUUCGGCAAUAGCCACCAAGUAUUUAAUGCCUGCGGUUUCAGAGGUCCUCUGCAUUUUAGGAGCUGGUGUCCAGGCCUACAGCCACUACGAACUUUUCACAGAGCUGUUCUCAUUUAAAGAGGUAAGGAUCUGGAACCGCACCAAGGAGAAUGCAGAAAAGUUUGCCCGUACGGUGAACGGACCAGUACAGAUCUGUUCCUCGGUCCAAAUGGCUGUCAACGGGGCGGAUGUGAUUGUCACAGUCACAAUGGCAACUCAGCCCAUCUUGCGUGGGGAGUGGGUGAAACCCGGAGCCCAUAUCAAUGCUAUAGGAGCCAGCCGGCCUGAUUGGCGAGAACUAGACGACAACGUAAUGAGUAAUUCGGUAUUGUAUGUUGAUUCGAAAGAGGCAGCUCUGCGGGAAUCAGGAGACGUUAUUUUAUCAGGGGCCAGCAUUUUUGCAGAACUGGGCGAAGUGAUCUUGGGAAGCAAACCAGCCCUGCGUGAAAAAACCACGGUGUUCAAAUCACUGGGGAUGGCCAUUGAAGACACCAUCGCAGGAAAAAUGGUCUUUGAAGGUUGGUCAGCCAGCGGAUGAGGGUGCAACAUUCUGAUGCUCUCAAGCCACAGAAUUAAAAAAAAAAAAAAAGGAAGAUCACUUCUGAGCAAAAAAUGGCCUAUAUUGCACAAUAAACUGUCUUACUAGAUUACAGUAGCAAGAUAAAUAGUAAUAUAACAAAAGAAUCAAAUGAUUUUUCUCCUUGUUUCUGAAGCUUAGCGACUUUAAGAUAUGUAGACUUUCAACUCCCAGAAUUCCCCAACCAGCAAACUUUUAAGAUAUGUGGACUUCA